AUACCACAAUCGCAUGAACCGUGAACUAUAGUCCGUAAUGAAUACUAUAGAUAAAUCUUCUGAAGAUAAGCAGAGUCCUUCUCCUCCAUUCUUCUCCAGUUUCCGAUUCCCCUCUACUCGUAUUCUGUACGUCUAUAUAUAUUUGAGUCAAACCGAUGAGACAUUAGUUGACAGGCGAUUCUUGCGAUGAGAUUCUGUAUUAUUGCAACUAUGCGCAUAUAUACUUAAACCUGUCUGAUUUUGUUUUAUUUGCUUUGAAGAAAAUACAAAAGUAAGAGGAAACUAGAAGGAUUUAUCCUGUUCAACAACAUGUUUUUAUCCAUCAAAUUUUUAAUAAUCACAUGGCUCUUCCGACUACAAUUUGCGAUAGCACUGGAGAGUGAUGAAACAAACAGCGUUAAUACGUGUAACCUGCCGCAGAGCCUUAUACAAGAGAUAGACUCGUACGAACCCUUUGUUCAUGCUAUAAUAAAUGAGACUUUAUACGGAUCGUUCAAAGGAACGACUUGGAAUGAAUUAGCUUACUUCGUUGACACAUUUGGUCCGAGAUUUACUGGUACUGCAGUGCUAGAGCGUUCCAUUGAUUAUGUGUUAAAUAAAUCUUUGGAGUUUGGUUUGGAUAAUGUACACGGUGAACCCGUUAGUGUGCCACAUUGGGUCAGAGGAAAGGAAUCAGCGACGCUUUUAAAGCCAAGACGCAAAGAUAUUGCUCUUCUGGGAUUAGGUUACAGUGUUGGGACUCCUCCCGAAGGAAUAACCGCAAAGGCUAUCGUCGUGAACAGUUUCAAAGAACUUGAAGAAAGAAAGCACGAGGUCCGAGGAAAGAUCGUUGUAUUUAAUGAGAAAUAUGUUUCGUAUGAUAAAACGGUAAAGUAUCGAGGCGAAGGAGCAACAGAAGCAUCGAAACAUGGUGCUGUUGCUGCUUUAAUUAGAUCCGUUACACCAUAUUCUUUGUAUUCCCCACAUACGGGUAUGCAAACGUAUGGCGAGAAUGUGACUAAAAUUCCGGUAGCUUGCAUCACGGUUGAAGAUGCCAGCUUGUUGAGAAGGAUGUCUGAUAGAGGUGCAGUUUUAGAAAUAAAUUUAAAAAUGCAGGCGAAAAGUUUGCCGAACAAAGUAUCACGAAAUGUAAUAGCCGAAUUGAAAGGUUCCAAGGCACCGGAGAAAGUUGUAGUCAUAUCUGGUCACAUCGACAGUUGGGACGUUGGUCAGGGCGCAAUGGACGAUGGCGGUGGUGCAUUUAUUUCGUGGCAAGCAUUAAAAUUAUUGAAACACCUUAAUUAUAAACCACGACGAACAGUAAGAAUGAUCAUGUGGACGGCUGAAGAACUUGGAAUCAUAGGAGGUAAUCAUUAUAUCAAAAGUCAUAAAAGCGAAGAGAAGAAUUUACAGUUCGUGCUGGAAUCGGAUGGGGGCACGUUCAAGCCAUUAGGUUUUGAAGUUACCGGAACCGAAGAAGUUGUGUGCAUCCUAGAAAGAAUCAUGAAGCUGUUCUCUAUCAUGGGAGAUAUUAAGCUUCGUAGUCCCUGCGACGGCCCUGAUAUCGCUUCUUGGGUAGAUGCAGGAGUACCAGGAGGUUCUCUUUGGACUCAAGACGAACAAUACUUUUAUUACCAUCAUACGAAUGCGGAUACUAUGUUGGUUGAAGAUCCGGAAGCUCUUGAUAAGGGAACAGCCCUAUUUGCAGCAUUAUCUUAUGUACUCGCGGAGCUUAGCGUCGAUCUUCCACAUCACAAGUGACGAUAUUAUUCGUAUUAUUAAUAUCGAUGUCGAUUAUUCGAAAACGUUAAUGUUAGAAUCUAUAUAUAUAUAUGAAUUUUUACGAAAAUGGAACAUUAAAGGAAUAUUUUUGAAAAUAUCGAAC